GUUUGUUUGGUCAGCACAAGAACCCAGCCGCAAAUAUUCAUAUGCAAUCGGAAGAGGAGGAAUCGGAUACACAGCCAUUGACAGCACAUCCAGACCUAAACUUGCCUAAGAAGUUUGGGAAUUCUACCAUGUUUACUGACACUAUAGCUGUGGCUGAAUUUCAAGGGCGUCCGCUUGCUGAUCACUUCAGUGUGAAGAAUGGUAGGCCUCCCGGUGCAUUGCUUGUGCCACGUUCACCACUUGAUGCACAGACUGUUGCUGAAGCUGUUGCUGUUAUCUCGUGUUGGUACGAAGACAACACAGAAUGGGGUGAUAGAAUCGGUUGGAUCUAUGGAUCAGUGACAGAGGACGUGGUGACUGGGUACCGAAUGCAUAAUCGUGGGUGGCGAUCAGUUUACUGCGUCACAAAGCGCGAUGCUUUCCGUGGAACCGCACCCAUCAAUCUCACUGAUCGACUACACCAAGUCCUUCGGUGGGCUACAGGAUCAGUGGAGAUCUUCUUCUCUAGAAACAAUCCCAUCCUUGCUAGCCCACGUCUUAAGUUCUUACAACGUGUCGCUUACUUCAAUGUCGGCGUUUAUCCCUUUACCUCCAUCUUCCUUGUGGUAUACUGCUUUAUUCCUGCACUAUCCCUCUUCUCCGGACACUUCAUCGUGGAAACCCUCAACGUCUCCUUUCUCUUAUACCUUCUCGCUAUCACUAUCACACUCUCCCUGCUGGCCCUUCUUGAAGUCAAGUGGUCCGGCGUCUCUCUUGAAGAUUGGUGGCGUAAUGAACAGUUUUGGGUCAUCGGUGGCUCAAGCGCACAUCUAGCUGCUGUCUUACAAGGUCUCCUCAAGGUCCUCGCAGGAAUUGAGAUUUCAUUCACCUUGACAUCUAAAUCAGCUGCAGAAGAUGAAGACGACAUAUAUGCAGACCUCUACGUUGUGAAAUGGACCAGUCUCUUCAUAAUGCCACUCACUAUAAUUGUAGUUAACAUCGUAGCUGUUUUUAUUGCAUCUGCAAGGACUCUCUACAGUGUCAUUCCACAAUGGAACAAGCUCAUUGGUGGAGUUUUCUUUAGCUUAUGGGUGUUGUGUCACAUGUACCCUUUCGCAAAAGGGUUAAUGGGCAGAAGAGGCAGGAUGCCUACAAUUAUAUAUGUUUGGGCAGGCCUUGUGGCCAUCACUGUCUCUCUGCUUUGGAUUACAAUUAGUCCACCGGAUGAUACCACAACUACUCAAGCUGGUGCUGCAAAGGUAAACUAAACAAGUGAUAUCCAAGGAAAUAUUUGUAUUUUUGAAACAUGGAGGUUAGGGAUCAAAAUGCAACGGAUACAUUUCCCAGAUUCAUGGGUAGGAGAGUCAUUGUUUCAAAAUAAGACUUUAAUGCCUAUUGUUUUUCUCUUCAUUUCUGUAAGUAGAAUGAGAUCAUGGUAUGCUUUUUGAA